AUGUCAUCGUCCACCGCUUUGCUUCCAAGCGGAAGUCACAAGAAGAAUGAUCAUCCUAUCUUUCUUCGUGCUUGCCACUCUCCAUGGCUCAACGUCUCUCAGAAAUCCCUCGUUGUGUUCAGAGGAGCCCUUGCAGCAUACUUCCUGAUCUCCAGUCUUGUGAUCCUUCAUUACGAACUAGAAAUCAACAAAAAUGGCUGGUUGGUCAUCUACAACCUUUCGAAUAUCGUGUACGGCUUGCAAACUCUGUACGCCUGGGUUGCGUUUACCUGGACCUUCAUGCAUCUCUACUACCCGCAUAGCAAUGACAACAAUUGUUCAACAAUCUCUGCCUCUGUUAGGAAGUUCCUCUCACCAUCUCGCAAGACCGCCAACACCAACGAAAAGUACUUGUUCAGUGUCUUUCAUUGGUCCAUUCUUGCUUUCCCUCAUGUUGUUACCUUCAUACAUUGGGCAGUCAUCGUUCCACGGAAUGAAGCAUCGAUCCCGGGUGAUAAAAUCUUUCAUGAUAAGCUCACGACUUUCUUCGUUUUCAGCAAGUAUGGUUUCAACUCCGUCCUUGCUUUAGUCGAGCUCUUCAUCCUAAGCAGUAUCAAACGAUCUGACCCUGUCUGGAACCAUGUUUUUGCUCUUGCUGUACUUUCUCUCGUAUAUGUUGGCUGGGCAGCUAUUGGCAAGUACAUUGUAGGAAAAUACACCUACUUCUUCUUCGAUCAUGAGAAGACUGGAUGGGAAUAUUACUGGGCAUCAGUGGCCGCUUUUGUCGUUCUCGUUGAACUUUUCUUCGUCUUUGUGUAUUCCCUCACGGGCGUUCGUGAGUCCAUGACCAAGAAGCAAAAUGACGAUAAGAACACUGGAUAUCAAAGACUUCCCCAGUAG